AUGUCGGCCUCGCAGAUCCCCAACCUCAACACUCUCCGGCGAGGCGGCGGACGGGGUCGUUCACGCGGCCGAGGCGGUCUCGCUGGCGGCCCUCCUUCUCGCGGGAGCAAAGAUCGAGUGGUCCAGGGCACCGACCAUGACGCCAGCGUCUCCCGGCUGAGCGCCGUGGGAUUAGGAUACCUCGAAGACCCAUUUGCCAGGGCAUUAACGCCGCCCGAUUUAGAGACACGACGACUGCCCAUCAUCAACAGAGGCACCUACGUCCGUACCGCCGCGAUCGACCAACUCGUCCACCGAUUCCUCACCCAACCCUCUUCCCCUUAUCCGAAAAGCAAAAAACAAAUCAUCUCUCUCGGAGCCGGCUCUGACACGCGCGCCUUUCGGCUCCUACCCUCCCAUCCGGACUUGAUCUAUCACGAGAUCGACUUCGCCGUCAACACGGCGGCCAAGAUCCGGUUGAUUCGCGCGGCGCCGCAGCUUCAGCGCACGUUGGGGAUAAUCGGGCGGUCGGCGCCGGAAAAUGCGAAGGUCGAGAUCUCGGAAGGCGGGGAUGCGCUGCAUACGGAGACGUAUCAUUUGCAUGCGUUGGAUUUGCGGUGGCUGAAGCCCCAGACGAAGUCAGAACAAACCACAACCACAACCACAAACCUAUCAGGGGAGGAGGACCGCGGGGAUAAUGGCAUCGACGAUCCACGGACCUUGCUACGCGACGUUGACCCGACAAUUCCCACGCUCCUCAUCUCCGAAUGCUGCCUCAUUUACCUCACACCGCGCGAAGCCGCAGACGUAGUCGACUUCUUCACGCAGACGCUGUUCCCGGCAGCAACAGGUAACCAGGACGGCGCUGCGCCCCUUGGUCUAAUCUUGUACGAGCCAAUCCGACCGCACGACGCCUUCGGACGCACGAUGGUCUCCAACCUGGCGACGCGCGGCAUCCAGCUGCAGACGCUGCACCAGUACGCGACGUUAGAAUCGCAGCGACAACGGCUGCGCGACCAGGGGUUCGCGCACGGCCAGGCAGCAGCGGACGUGCAUUUCAUCUGGGAGCGGUGGGUAGACGAGAUGGAGAAGGAACGGGUGGCGGGGCUGGAGAUGUUGGACGAGAUGGAGGAGUGGAAUCUGCUAGCGCAGCAUUAUUGCGUCGCUUGGGGUUGGCGGGAAGGAUUGGCCGGAGGGGGAGGGUUUGAGGGGUGGAAGGAUUUUGACAGCCAGCAGGAAGGACUUGGCAGGGCAGGCAGUUAG